CUCCGACCCUCCACGAUUAGUUUAUUUCGCAACACGCGUUUAUGAAUUGUAGUAGGUGAUAAUUUUUGCCAGUCAAGUUCGAAUCAUGUUGAGGCUCAUUCGCAACGGUGUCACCAAAUUCCAAAGGUGCAGCUAUUCUGCACAAGCUUUACCGGCGCCACAAGAAUCGCCGAAUGUCCUGUAUUCUGGGGUUUUCAUAAACAACGAAUGGCAAAAGUCAAAAUCCGGCGAAACUUUCCAAACCAUCAAUCCUACAACAGGUCGACCCAUCACAGAAGUUCAAAGGGGUGGCAAAGCGGAUGUAGAUUUGGCUGUAGAGGCGGCUAGUGAAGCAUUCAGAUUCGGUUCGCCAUGGAGGACGAUGGACGCCUCCCAGAGGGGUCGCCUCCUGUACAAAUUGGCCGAUCUCGUUGAGAGGGAUGCAUCAUACAUUGCAAGUCUGGAAUCUUUGGACAACGGCAAACCCUACUCCAAUUCCUACAACGUCGACGUCCUCGGCAGUGUCAGCGUGCUCAGAUACUACGCCGGUUGGGCGGACAAGAUCCACGGCAAAACCAUCCCCAUGGACGGCAACUUCUUUGCGUACACCCGCCUAGAACCGGUCGGUGUUUGUGGCCAAAUCAUCCCCUGGAACUUCCCCGUCUUGAUGUUCGCCUGGAAAAUAGCGCCCGCCCUGUGUACUGGCAACACGAUCGUGAUUAAGCCCGCCGAGCAGACGCCCCUCACGGCGCUCUACAUGGCCGAGCUGAUCAAGGAGGCCGGAUUUCCCGCCGGAGUGGUCAACGUAGUGCCCGGUUUCGGAGACGCCGGAGCCGCCAUCGUGGAUAAUCCUAAGGUGGACAAAAUCGCAUUCACGGGCUCUACUGAGGUGGGAAAACUUAUCCAGAAAAAUUCAGGAAAAUUCAACCUCAAGCGUACCACGUUGGAGCUUGGCGGAAAAAGCCCCAACAUCAUUCUUGCGGACGCCGACAUCCAACAUGCGGUGGAAACCGCCCACUUUGGCAUUUUCUUCAAUCAAGGUCAAGUUUGCUGCGCCGGUUCCAGAACCUUCGUCGAAGACAAAAUAUAUGACGAGUUCGUUGAGAGAUCCGUCGAAAGGGCGAAGAAGCGUGUAGUUGGAAAUCCAUUUAGCCUGAACACGGAGCAAGGUCCCCAAAUAGACGAAGAACAAAUGAAUAAGAUUCUCUCUCUUGUCAAAGAAGGAGCACGUCAAGGCGCCAAGUUGGUUCAUGGUGGAGAAAGACAUGGAGAUGAGGGUUACUUUGUUCAGCCCACAGUGUUAGUCGAUGUUGAAGACAACAAUAUCAUUGCCAAAGAAGAGAUUUUCGGGCCAGUUCAACAAAUUUUCAAAUUCAAACACCUGGACGAAAUAAUCGCAAGAGCGAACGACACCAACUACGGUCUUGCGUCCGCUAUUAUCUCUAAAGAUAUCGACAAAAUCAAUUACCUCACGCAAGGAAUCAGGGCCGGUACAGUUUGGGUAAAUUGUUACAACGUGAUAUGCACUCAAGUUCCGUUUGGCGGAUUCAAAGAUUCAGGAUUCGGCAGAGAACUGGGAGAGAACGGACUACAGCAAUACAGUGAGGUCAAGUCAGUUAUUAUGGCAGUGCCCAACAAAAGUUCAUAAAAAAAUAGUCAUAUCCUUUUUUUUUUGUUAAGUUCAAUUUUUUUAUAUCGCAUCAGGAACAUGUUUGCUGAAGUGUAAUAUGAUUUUAAGGCAACUUCAGGAUACUGGGAAGUAUAUUUUGGCGCCCAACGUGGGGCACUUCGAUUCAUUCUCUGUUAUUACCAUUAUAACUUACAUGUCUUCUUUAAAACGAGAACAUUCAAGGAAUAACAUAACUAUCUCGGUUAUUAUUAGUGUUCACUAUUGAAUGAAUCCAAUUCCUUUGGUAAAUCUAUAAUUAUUGUUAUAAAUAAUAUAUUUUUACUACUUCAA